AUGACGAAAGUGCCCAACCUCUCCUCCCAAACCACAAGCCUGCGUUCGAUUAAGUUUGACUCUUCCGGGCCACCGUGCCGAGAAGAGCAUUUCACGCAUGUGUACUUGCUGUUGAAGAAGCGGCUGCCCUUCAUUGUCAUGGCGGCUUCCUGCAGGAAGGUCUGGGAAAUGCGAGGCGCCUGCCGUAGGUUCUUUUCUGUCUCCGGCUUUCUCAACUGUAAAGAUGGACAACCGGCAAAAUUUAAGCCGCCUCCAAAGCCGGUCAUUAUUGAUGAAACAAAACCUCUUGCAGCAGAAAGACGGUUCUUAAGUCCUGAAUUUAUUCCUCCCCGAGAAAGAACACAUCCUUUUAAAUUCUACCUUGAAAGAAGAGAUAUGAUACAGAGGAGGAAAGUUCUGAACAUUCCCGAGUUCUAUGUUGGGAGCAUCCUUUCCGUUACUACAGCAGAUCCCUAUGCCAGUGGAAAGAGGAGCACUUUCGUAGGCCUCUGCAUUCAGCGCUCAGGAAAAGGGCUCGGCGCAACCUUCAUAUUACGGAACAUAAUAGAAGGACAAGGAGUUGAAGUGUGCUUUGAACUAUACAGUCCUCUAGUCCAAGAGAUCAAGCUUCUGAAGCUGGAGAAGAGAUUGGAUGACAACCUGAUGUAUUUACGAGAUGCCCUUCCUGAAUAUAGCACCGUUGACGUUAACAUGAUGCCUGUGCCGAUCCCAGCUGAUGAGGUUCCUGUCAACAAGAUGAAGGUCAAAAUGAAACCUAGACCUUGGUCCAAACACUGGGAACAUCCAAAAUUUAACAUCCAGGGCAUCAACUUUGACUUCUUUCUUACCGACGAAGACAAAAAGAAAGUGGAAGAAUGGAGUAUGCCUUGGAGAGAAUUUGAUAUGAUGAUAGAAUAUGAUACAUCAAAAAUUGAGAAGGAAAUCUGGGAAGAAGUGAACGCCGAACUAAAAAAAUAAGUUACAGAAAUCACGGGGGACUUUAUCCAGAAAGAUCGAUUCCAUCCAUUUUAGUAUACUGUUUAUUUGAUGUAGGCCUCUUAAAUAAAUAUGCACAUGAAAUUUA